AUGUCCGUGGAGCUGGCGCGCCGCAUUCAGAAUGCCUUCGACAACGUCGACCUGGAUGGAAACGGCUUGAUCUCCAAAGAAGAGAUCCACCAGCUGUUUUUGAGCCUCGGGGGCUCCGAACUCGACGACUUGGUCAGCAGUAUGGACACGAACAAAGAUGGCAAAAUCUCUGCUGAGGAGUUUGUUUCGUGGAUCCUCAAUCAGGAGAAAGCCUCAGAGACCUCGGUGCGAAUCAACAUGGGCCAGCUGAUGGAGAGGACGGCAUCGGCAUGUUUGGUCAAGCCCGAGUUUGUGACACCCGAUGUGCCUCAAUACGACCUGCGCUGCCUGCCGGACGACGACAGCUGGCUGAAGCUACGGCAGAAGCUCCAGGACGACAAGGAGGUCUUCCAAGACAAGGUUUUUGGCCCUACUGACGACUCCUUGUUUGGCGGCAGCGCGGUGGAGUUGGGUGACAAAGCCGCCGGGAAAAGACCCUUCAAGGUGGAUCACUGGGCUCGCAUCUGGGACAUGGCCAAAGAAGGUUGCAACGGACCGCUGAUCAAGGAUGGAGCUUGCGCGCACGACAUUCAGCAGGGCAAUCUGGGGGACUGCUAUUUCCUUUCUGCCGUUGCAGCCGUAUCGCAGUCCGACGUGCUCGUGGCUAGACUGUUGCCUGGGUCCCAGACCAUCAAUCAGGAGGGGAUCUAUGCAGUCCGUUUCUGGCAGGAUGGGGCCUGGCGGAUCGUGGUGGUCGACGACCAGUUACCUUGCAGAGGCAAAGACCAGCCCAUCUUUGCAGCUGCCAGAAAUGGAGACUUCUGGGUGGCGGUUGUGGAGAAGGCUUUUGCCAAACUCAAUGGGAGCUACCGCGCCAUCUCCAGCGGCUCGCAGCCUGACGCGCUCUUCUGUCUCACAGGCAUUCUUAUGCCCCGGACCCUGAAGCUUCGGCCGUAUCGCGCUGACCCUUCAGACAAGCAGGAGCUGUUCAAUCUCAUGUGCGAGUGUGCCAGCACGGGCGGCCUGCUGGGUUGUGCGAGCAAAGGCAAGUGGGAGAUGGGCAUUGCGCCUUUGCACGCCUACACCAUCUUGGGCCUGUGCCAAAUUCGUGCCGGUGGAGGGAUCGAGAGGCUUGUGCACGUCCGCAACCCCUGGGGGUCGGGCAAAGAGUGGCAGGGCAGGUUUUCCGAUGGAGACGCGGCCUGGAGCGAGGUCAGUGCCAAAGACAAGGAGCGUCUUGGCGGCGCCAGGAGCCACAAGGAUGGAACCUGGUACAUGAACUUCGACGACUUCUGCGAGCACUUCUUCUGCGCCUACUUCGGCUUACUCUUCCCAGCUGCGACGCACAGCCUGUACCAUGUAGCAACAGAACAUGUGGCCGGCAAGAAGCCCGCAACAGUUGUGGUCAAGGCUGCUUCUUCUGGAUCCGUUCGCGUCCUGUUCGGUGGACCGACGUCGCGUGCACUGCCGGACUCUGCCGAGAGGGCCGCAGUGUGCCUCCUGUGUGAGAAGUCUAGGGGUGAUAGAGUUGAGCGGAUAAAGGCAAGAACGAGAAGCUCGACCGACUGCACCUUCACAGUAGGGAAAGGAGACAUUCUUGCCUUCAAGUUCACUGCGGAGCCCAGCAGCCGCAUCUACCUCAGCAUCGUGUGCCCGUGUGACUCAGAGGUCACGGUGGACCAUGGCGACGGUGAGGUCGAGCUUUCUGCCCCUCCAACUAUGGAGAAAGACGAAGACCCGGACGAAGAAGCCAUGCUGCAAAUCGUCCGCAAAGCUGCGGACUUAACUGGCUGGAGCAACGAGGAUCAGCGGGCCGUCGCCGAAAAGCUCCAGUCUGCAGACAUCUGCACUCCCCAUGCCUUCCUCACCCUUGUCCUCUCAGGCAACAUCAACGCCCGACUCCCCAAGAACAAGGGCUUCGGGAAGCGCAGCUCGCGGCAUCUGUUUCGCGUGGCCGAGGAGCUCGCUGAGCUCGAGGGAGUGGUCGCGAGCGUGGCGAAGCAGACGGGAUGGGGGGCAGAGGAUCAGACCAAGGUGGUGCGGAAGUUCGUCUUGGCAGGCCUCUGCUCCUGCGAGGAGUUGGCCGAUGCGCUCCUUGAUGGCAGCGUGAACCAUCGGCUGGUGGACGUCGGUCAGCAGCCCUUCGGCCGGCAGUCUGCUACUGCCCUCCAAGCCUGGGCAAAGAGGUGGAGCGCAAUGAGCUCACCCGCUGUCGGGCAGUGA